GGCGCGCGCGCAGGGGUGGGCGCGGGCGCCCGGUCGGUGGCGUCGAAGAGCCAGCCCUGCGACCCGUGGCGCCCCGGCAGCGGCGGCGGCGGCGGCGUCGCGCUCGCGACCGUGGAUUCCGAGGCCGUGUCCCCAUCCAAGCGCCUCUUCCUAUCCUCGCAGAAGUGGAGCAGCGCCGAGACAGAAACCGCGCCGUUCGCGCCGAGCGCCGCGACGGCGGCUUGGGCCUCGGCCUCGCGCAAUUUGCCGCCGUGCAGCUGGCACGCGCGCCGCAGGGCCUCCGCAUCCAAGCGCGCGCCGGCGGCCUGCCGGCCGUCGCGCUGGGCGUCGAGGCCCGUGACAAAAAAUUCCUCCACGACGUCGUCAACGCUGUGGGCCAGCAGGAGCCGAUCCAAGACAACUGCUAGCUUGCGCAGGCCGCGCGGCGCCGCCUCUCGGUCGGGCGGCCGCGGCGGCCGCCCCUCGCCCGGUCUGGGCGUUGGGCGGCGGUCGGCAUCGUCGGGGUGCGGCGCCUGUGGUAGUGGUGGCGGCGGCGCGGCGGCGGCGGCGGCGGCGGCGCGGGGGCUCCCCUCCUCCAUCGAGCGGGUUCGUGGCCGCUUCUUCUUUGCUGUUUUUUUCCCGGUCGCGACUGCGACCGCCGCGCUGGCCAGCUUCUUCGCCGACUUGACGAGGGAGUUCGCGCGGCGCCGCGUCGGGCUUAUCGGCUUUUUUGGCGGCGGGGCGCCGCCCGACGCGGCGCCGCCCGGUGUUCCAUUGGUGCCAGCCUGUUCCAUCCCAGGGUGGUGGCAGAGGCGCGCGCCGACGGGAGAGGCUGCCCCAGGGCGCGACGGCGGAGUCGACCCACGCGUCCGCCUGUUAAUUCGUGCAGAGCUGGCUCCCGGCGGGCAGGGCCACGAAGAUGCGCGGCACCGGAGCUGGCCAGAGCAUGGGGUGGCCUGA